GGUCACAUGACCUAACAAAGAUGGCCGACCUUUAUCGUGCAAAGUAGUGCAGAAGUUGCAGCUAAGGACCCAUCUUCCAUCCCACUACAACUAGAACGGACAGAGUCUAGUCCAGAAGCACAGCUGACACAGAGGCCAGAGAUUCCUAGCUAAUUUUGGCCAGUCGGGCCGCACGUUCGACCAUGGGACAAGAAGGGUCGAAAGAAGAACAAGACUACCAACAGGUCCUGACUGAUGAUGAUGAGUUGGGCCAAGAGGUGGAGGGAACGUUCGACAUCGAGGUAAGACCGAGGACAUCCAUCCCAAACAUCCUCCUCGCGGGGAGUUCCACAAACCAACCAGAUGGCGAGGAUUCUGCAGACAUGAACGGCGCGACUGCUGCUGGGGAAAGCGAGGAAGCCGUGCUGAGGGCGGACACCAAGAAAAUAAGAGUCAUGCCGUCGGGGGAAGAGAAAAAUGUCGAAAAGGAUAAGGCAAAGAAGGAGGAAAAACACGUAAGGUAUGCAGAUGUGGACUUACCCCCUGCUAGUGAUAAAAAGAGCGACAACGACGACAUGACGGAAUACACCGAUGUUAUUCCACAGGGAAGGAAAGGGACGGGAAAGGAGGAGACAGAAAACGUAACGUCAAGUGUAAACGGGUCCUCGUAUGAAAAUGUAACGCCUGUUGUAGAGGACGGUACAGGACAGAAGAGUGAGGAAGUGGGUAAGAGUGAAAAGAAGCCAAGUUCAAAUACUUCUGCUGCUGAGCCAACGAAACAAAACGGAGAUUCCAAAGGAGAAACAGAAGAGGACGACAAAAUUAGUUACGAGGAUGUUAUCCCGACCGCUAGAGCUGCAGAAGAACAGUAUGACGACGUGUUACCUACGGGAAAGUCCGCAGAACACAAGUCCGCUGCAGAGAAUACAAAAGAAAGGACCGGAGAAGAUGAAGUGUAUGAAAGUGAGUCCAAAAAACAAGCUACUUCGAAUGAUAUAGAGAAGGAAGUAUUGGUAGAUCCCGCGAAAAGCGGUAGGAAAGCAUCAGACAAUGAUGAAGAAUGUGCAGCGUUCUUUGAUCCUUUAGAAGAAUUUGGGGACGGCGACGUUCCCGCUGCUGUAGCAGAGGACACUGGGAACGGUAAGGCCACCGCGGAACAAGGUAAAAGCCAAGGAGAGAUUCCACCAAAGAAGGAGGACGAAAAUCAAGUCCAAACGAAUGAAAAUCAGCAGGACACAAGUCAAGUGCAUGAUGUAAUCCAAGGUCAAAAUCACGAUCAGCAUGACCCUAAUCAGCAAUAUGAUCCGAAUUACUACGGCCAGUAUGAUCCAAAUCAAGGUUAUGAUUAUGGUUACUAUAGUCAAGGCUUCUAUGAGGAGAACCAGCAGUAUGAUUACAGCCAGUACUAUGGUACUGGGUAUGAGGCUGAUCAGGCACAGCAUGGACAGGGGUAUGACUAUUCGUACAAUCAGCAGAACUGGCAACAAGGACAGUAUCCAGCCUACCAGUAUGACCAAGCUGCUGGAUGGGAACAGAACCAGACAUAUGAAGGUUUUGAUUCAUCGCAUACCCAGCCACAGACAGCUAGUGAGGAUUCCUUCCCCCCACCCCCACCCGAUCUCCCCCUGCCUCCCCCUCCACCUGACAGUGCCCUACCCCCACCCCCUCCUGAUGAAGCAGAGGAGGGGGAGGUUUACGAUGAUGUUGCUGAGGGGGGAGCAUCUUCAGCAGGAGUUUACUAUGAUGAAGAGGAGACAAUUUACGAAGAUGUUCCUAAAGAAGGCGGGGAUGACUCGGACUCUGGGUCUGGCUGGGGGUCGGAAGAGUUCGAGGACUAUUCCACUGACGACGAGCGGGUUAUCAGUGGCAGCGGGAAGUACGAAUCUGUCGAACUUCCUAAGGAAGAGAAAGAGAAGGAAAAAGUUGCACGGAACCCAAGUUUUCAUAAAAAUUUUGAGCAGAUCCGGUCUCGGCUGAGUGAAGACGUCCAACAGUUCAAGGUCGCCAAGAAGGAGUUCCGUAAAGCGUACAGCAGUGGGGUCGCACAUUUGAAGAUGGCUGGGGGGUGGAAGUUACCUAUGCCAUCUCAACAUGAGGACACCAAAAAGUCCUUCAAGAGGAAAGCCAAGGAGAAGAUGAAGGAGGUACGACAUUCGAUGAUCAAAGAGGAUGAAGGAGGGGAUGGAGAAGAGGAUGAUACCUUUAUUGAGGUGAAUAUCUCGGGUACCAAGCACCCCCCUCCCACCCUGCCCGAGGAGCCUGAGGGCCUGAGUCAUCAGCAGAUAGUCCGCAGACACAUCCUGGCAUCCAUGUUAGACAGCGAGAUGUCCUACAUCAACUCUCUGCACAGACUCAUACAGAUGUAUGAGAAACCCCUGACGGAUGUUGACCCACCGAUCGUGGAGAAACGAAAGGUGCGCACGAUAUUCUACAAGGUGCGCGAGAUCCUGCAGUGCCACACCAUGUUCCAGAUCGCGCUGUCAGGGAGGGUCGCUGAGUGGGACCAGAGCGAGAAGAUAGGGGAUGUCUUUGUGGCCUCGUUUUCCAAGUCCAUGGUGUUGGACGUCUACAGUGCGUAUGUGAACAACUUCAGCACAGCUAUGGAGACAGUUAAGAAAGCCUGUGCUACCAAACCUGCUUUCUUGGAAUUCCUUAAGGCUCGACAGGCCAGCAGUGGGGACAGACUCAGUCUGUACGGACUGAUGCUGAAACCUGUGCAGAGAUUUCCACAGUUCAUUCUCCUGCUACAGGACAUGUUAAAGAACACUCCCAAGGGCCACCCAGACAGACUGUCCCUGCAGUUAGCCCUCACUCAGCUAGAGACCCUCGCUGAGAAGCUGAAUGAGCACAAGAGGGAGACAGAGACCAAGUACGAGGUCAAGCAAGUCUCUAGGAACAUGAAUGUCAAGUUUGCUACCAAGACCCCAACUGGAGCUCGCUACAUGAUAAGACAAGACGACAUGAUCCAAACACACAAGUAUGUGUGCCAUGAUCGCGACCCUGCGAGUCCUUACAGUGGGUUUUCCUCUUUAAAGGUGUACAACGAGCGCGGCGAGGUUCAGAAGACGAAGUCACGCAGACUCUUCAUGAUGAACGAUAUGCUCGUGUGCGCCACUGUUCUCCCCAGGUCGGAAAGCAGUGCGCGGGUGACAGGCGGACCCCGUUACAAAAUGAAAUGGAGCUCCCCUCUGUCGAAAGUGAAAGUAGAAGAGGGUGACAUCCAGACCCUGCAGCAGGUUGCCAUGGCAACAGCAGCUGGCGGCAAGAGCCCCCGACCACCUUCUGUCGGUGGGGCGAAGCCAGAUCCUCCUCAGUCUCCUUUGGCUAAAGCUUCUGUCAUUCCCAUUGUGUCGAGCAUAAAGCUGCAGGAGAAAGGGCGCAAUGCUCGCAUCAAACGGAGCGUGAGCGCUCCCGAUAUGGGCAUUAUGGGAAAGUGGAAGGAAAGGCGACGAUGGAAAAAUUCCCAAGAAAGGGGUUGUAGCAUUCCAGACGCGAUGUACGGCGGCCCGGUACACCUGUACAAGGAGCGAGACGACCUACUCUACGACCUGAACCUGGUUGGUCAAGUUCAGAAAUUGGUGGCGCAGUUCAGGGGUACUUACCAUACCCCUUCUUCACAGGAACUUGCCAGAGAACCAGGGACGUUCAAUGCGGUUAAUUCGGUAGAGGACUGGUCGAACACCUUACAGAAACUCAUCAAACAGAAGGACAAGCAGAUCAAGCAAGCUGACCUGUGCAGAAUACUGCUGUCACUUCCCUUUAAGAAUGGCAUCAUCUACAAUGAGUUCAACACCUACACUCCACGGCUGAAAUAUGCAUGGACCACCUCACUAGACAUGGCCAGACUUGCACUAGAACCGAUCAACAACCCAGGCUGGUUUCUCCCAGAGGAUGAUGGGAAGAUGAACAAUGCGUACCGCCCUCUGCUGCAAAAAGUCAUGCCAGUGUUCAUGAACAAGCACAUUAGUAUGAAGGUUGCUCGAAAGCACAAGCUCCCUCUGCCAGCCAGCCAGGUGUCGUGUGCGAUCCACAACCCCAUCGUGUCUGAGCAGGAAGAGGAGGACCUACUAGAGGACGGGUACGACAGUUUCUCCAACGUGGCGUGGGGCUACGUGUGGGUGUGCAGCGGGGAGCACUCCCUGGGUCAGAUCACCAUCAUGUCCUUCCAGCCCCCAACUCCACGUGUGAUCGAGAGCUUCAAUGUGUCGGAGUCCUGUAUCAUCAGUAUAGAGAUGGUGCCUGGCAGUGAUGAGGAGAACUGGGAACAGGCCGUCAGGGAAGGGCGCGAGAAAAAGAAGAACUUCGCCCUGCCGACCAUGUGGCUCGGCACAGAAAACGGGAGGUUGCAUGUGAUUUGGGCCUGCCCACCUCCACCAAGCAUUCUGGAAGUGCCUCUUACUAAGAAACGGAGGAGCCUGCAUAUCUACAGCACAACCCAGUCGGCAAAGAAACAGAACCUCCUGACGUUCACCGCGCCGGGAAACCGACCCAUCCUCGCCAUCAAGUACUGCAACAAGAGGGUCUUCUCUGCACUGGAUGAUGGGAAGGUCAUCAUUUUAAGAAGACUUGAAGAUGGAACAUGGAAGGUGAAAGAACCGAAGAUCUGUCAGCUGGAUGACAACAAGCCCGUCACGUCCCUCUUCCCAUUUGAGAACCAGAUCUGGUGUGCCUGUGGUAACAGAGUACACAUCAUCGAUGCAGAGACUGAGCAAAUAAAGACGAGUUUUGAGGUGAGCAGUGAUGUGUCAGCAGAGCACAUUGUGGUGUCAGGAGUGGGAGUGUGGGUGUCUCUACAGAACAAGUCCACUAUCCGCCUGUACCACACAGAAACACUGGAGCAUCUACAGGACAUCAACGUAGCCUCCACCAUACACAGGAUGUUAGAUGAGCUGGACCCAAAAGUUCAGGAGUUGCUCUCUGACAAACCCAUCCAUGUAACACUACUGGAGGCAAGUAAGGGUUGUUUGUGGGUGGGUACCAACCUGGGAGUAGUAGUGAGCCUCCCCCUGCCCAGACUAGGGGGAGUUCCACUCAUUACUGGGAGGGGUAUGGUUGCCUACCACACCCACAAUGGCCCAGUGCGCUUCAUCACUGUUAUCAAGACAAAGACACACACCAUCAAGAGUAGGGCAAAAGAAAGGAGACCAAGUGAAGCGUCCUCAGCAUCAGGAUCUGAACCCCCCACCCCACCGAUAGGCAAGAAGCGAGGCAUGGCAGCAGAACUACGGGACGCGGUGGCUGGCAGUAUGAAGGAGAAACGCAGCAGUAAUGUCAGCUCUGGAUCUGAUGAGUCUGACAUGGUCAAGACCCUGUACUCACAUCUUACUAUGGACCGGUCCUGUACCCCAGAGAUGAUGAGGCAGUACUCCGAGGACAGUACAUCAGAGGUGUUGGCGCCCCCCUCCCCAGCACCUGCCGCUCCAGGCUACCCAAACCUCUCCAGAGCCGACGACACCAAGAGCGACAGUAGCAGCGAGCAUGGUGCAGCUUCUACAGAGAAGAAAAAGGAAGAGGAGGAAAGGACAGCCACAGUGAAGAACAUAACGAUGAUGGUAGUGAGUGGGGGGGAGGGGCACUGUUACCUGUACGAUGCAGAGACUGCCUUGCAACAGAGGAAAAACAAAGAGUCUAUGGUGAUGGUAUGGCAGUGUAAGAUGUAGUUAUGGGAUGCUUCGCUUGAUCUCCUGAGGAUGAGCUUCCAGUUGCAGUGGUGUGAGGGCUGUUCUAGUGUGACUCUGCUUCAAGUUUAAUGUGCCCUUGUUUGUAAUUCUAACAGUACUACAGAAGCAUAUAUUUUCACUUUUGAAGUGCAAAUUUUGUAGUGCUUUUUGUGUACGUAACUGCUGUUGUCACAAAGACAAUACAAUAUGCUUCAAUUGUAUAAAAACUGAGGUGUCAAUCCACAUAGCAUAACUUGCCAGAGGACUUUCUCUUAUGAAAGUAGGUAAAACUUAGAUGCUUUUAAUGUUGCAAAGCAGUAGACAUUCCAGAUGCAAAGUGCACUGGUUUAAUAGUAGUUCUCAAAGAGGUGCCCUAAAACGAUAAGGUCAUUUUUGAUGACUUCAUAUUUGACCCACCAAUGAACUUUGACCCACAAUGACCCGUGACCCACUUUAAGCUAAUGAUCACUUUAUGUUUGAACCACCAAUGACCUCUGACCAACAAUUAAAGGCAAAGUUGUUUUUCCAAGAGAAUUAUGAAUAGUAUGAUUUUAUAAGUGCCUAAUUUUGAAGUAAGGUCAUGUGAAUGCAUAUAUGAUUAACAGUAAGUAUGUAUUUAUCAUUUCAAUAAACACUGAUUGUAGUUUAGUUGCGUAGACUUCAUGCAAUGAUGUAAUGACCUUUUUACUAAAUAGUCCAGAAUUCAAUUGAAUUAUUGAAGAAAAAAGAUUCAUCAAAUUAGCUUCUUGUUGCACUAUAGAUACACUGCUUCAUUUUUGUUUGUAAUAGUAUGUAGAUUGUGGAAAUAGGACUGGUGCUUAAUGCUAUUUUGUACUUCUUUUUUUACACAGUAAAGUUACUGUGGAUAUUUUAAGCCCACCUUAUUGUAUCAACGCUCGUGAAUGCUUUCACGUUUCAAUGUAUGUAUCUGCAUGCACUAUAAGGUUUUUGAAGCCAUAUUUGUAUUUGAUCACUAUUGUACUGCCACAAGUUAAUGAGGCACCUGUAAUCCCAGGCAAACCAAAAUUAGGAAUAUUUGGUUGUUUUUAUGUACAUGUAGAAUCUAUAAUGUAUUUGCUAAAAGGAUAGGCUCGUUGCAUCUUUGUGUAGACAUUUGGCUGGCUCAAAUGUACUUCAUUAUGAUAAUGUGUUUGGAGCAUUAUUAAUAAUAUUUCUGCACACUCUAUUUUGUGUUGUUAAGUAGCAGAGGAUAACUUCAAUUGAUUUUUUGUUGGUUAUUUAAUGUUUCUGGUGUUUAGCUUUCUUUAGCCAGAUGAAAUAGUAAAGAUCAUCUUGGCAAAUGUUUCAAUUUUUUUCCUUCUGUGCCAGAGGACUCAAUUACAUAGUUAUUAUCUAUUUUGCAUAAUUUGUGUUUGCUUAAGAAAAAUACACUUACUGUGUAACCAUUGCUGAAUUUAGCUGUUUGUGUCAGUUGUUUAAUGUCUGUACACUAGAUUAAAACUCAUCUUGGCUUUCAUGUACACUUGGAUGAAGAUCCACCAUUACCACUUUACUUUUCAAGGAGAUAGAACUGUCUUCUGUACAAUCAUGUUUUACCACUAUAUAAGGUCAGCCACUGUUUUUGAUAAAACAAUGUAUUGUUGAUAGAACAACAGUAGCUUGGAUAUGAGAUUGGAAAUUGUAUGGUGAUAACAAAGAAGACUCUAUGUUGAAGAAAAUAGCUGUCUUUGCAAUUGUUUUUACUUGUAAGAGGUUGGAUUGAGAGAUGGGCGGUGGCUGCUGUAAAAGAAGGGGAAAGUGGCAUUAGAAAGUUGAUAAGAAUAAGAAAAGGGGAAAAAGAAAGAUAAAAAAAAGAUAUACUUGCAAAGACCGUAGAAGGCAAAGAAUUGCUUUGACAGAUUCACACAUCUCUUCCACACAUGAUCACUUUUGUUCCAACCAUACUGUAGCAUUUGUCUCUGUCUUUCAAAGGUACUCUCAUAGCAGGGCGUUGUUGCUCUCUCAGAGGAACCUCAGAGGUACACUAUGACAUAAUUUACCAGUUAUGUGGUGCUAGAACUUUGUAGGAAAUUGUCUACAGUAUUUUCAUAUCAACAUGUACCAUAUAACAGGCAAUAUUGAAUUGUAUGUAAUCCCAAAAGCAUAUUUGAAAGAUCCAUACUAUAGAGAUAUAGCAAUCUUAAUGCAAAAAAUAAGGGGAUGUUUAAUGUGUUUGGCACUUGCUUUAGUUGGUGGAAACUUCUGAGUAUAAGUUUUCAUGUGUGUUCAUCACCCCAACUUGGCAAUUUUUGAGCAUUGUCAUUUUCUGUGUGUAGAAUGGUGAGUAGGUUUUCUACGAUAAAGUACAAUAAAUGGCUGUUUUUUUUCUAGUAUUAAAGGA